UGCAGUGCGGUUGUGCGUCGGCUAUCUGUCACGGGUUUUUUUUUUUUUUUAUAUAUAAUAUUGUGUUUAAUAGUUUAAUUUUAUUAUUACAUUGCGACAAGUUGUUUUUAAUAUUCAGUGAACGACCAUAGAAUAAUUUCGAGUUGGUGUACACGACUAUAAAUCUAAAAUUGUAUAGCAUAUAUUUGUACGAUGGCUGACUACGACAGAAUCCACAGGAUGUGUCAAAAACGUGGGGAAUUAUGGGAGGACCCCGAUUUUCCGGCCACCCAGUCUUCAGUGUUUUAUCAUCAAAAGCCUCCAUUCCAGUUUGUGUGGAAAAGACCAAAGGAAAUAUGUAAUAGACCAGUUUUUGUUAGCGAUUCAACAUCUCAUUUCGAUAUCAGUCCCGGAAAAAUGGGUGAUAAGUGGCUGGUGUCAUGUCUGGGCGUAUUGUACCUUUGUAAAGGUCUGUUCUACCGUGUAGUGCCGGCAGAUCAGUCGCUCUCCAGCGAAAAAGAAUACAGCGGCGUUUUCCGGUUUCGUUUGUGGUGGUGUGGCGAAUGGAUGGAAGUGUUGGUCGACGAUCGACUUCCGACCGUGAACAAUCGGCUUGCGUUUUUGCAAUCUACACAUACCGAUCAGUUUUGGCCGGGAUUAUUGGAAAAAGCGUAUGCCAAGUUACACGGUUCGUACGAAGCACUCAAGUAUGGCACUCUUUUGGACGGACUCGCAGAUUUGACUGGUGGAAUUACGGAAAGCAUAAAUAUUCGACAAGACCAGACCACGUGCGGUAGAAUGAUUGCGAAAAUGUUAGACAUGACGUCUAUUGUCACGUGUACAGUACAACCAGCGUCACCUCAGGCCAACAAAAGCGUACCAGAAAUGCUUAUGAACGGCAUUCAGAUUGGAAUCAAUUACAGGCUGUGCGCGGUGGAGCGGUUGGAGACGUACAAAAACGAGCCGAUUCAAUUGUUCAAACUACGACAGCCGGGCGGCACGGGAUCCGAAUAUAAUGGUCCGUGGUCCAGGGACUCGGAAGAUUGGGACAAUAUUCCGCACAAGGAGAAAGAACGCGUCAAUGCCGUCCAUCUGAUGGAAGGCGAAUUUUGGAUGAACUAUAACGAAUUCGUGAAAACAUUUACCCAUGUCGAAAUGGUACAUUUGGAUAGCGACACCAGUCGGGAUGAACCGUCUUUGCACCACAAAAGGACGUGGCAAAUGCGUCUUCACCAAGGCACUUGGCAGAGAGGAGUCACGGCAGGAGGUUGCCGGAAUAAUCCAGAAACGUUCCACAUCAAUCCUCAACUGCAUUUAAUUCUAAGUGAAAUGGAAGAAGUUGUAAUUUCGUUAAACCAACACAGUAUUAUGGAGCCCAAAGUGAUCGGUUUCACGUCAUACUCAUUACCAAAAUCAUGCAUGGACUCGACGGGAAAAGAAUUUUUCAAAAAAAACAAAUCGUUGGUUAACUCGCAGUACACCAACAGCAGACAAGUAAGUUACAGAUGUUUUUUAGACCAAGGUGGAUACUUGAUCAUUCCUACUACAUUUGAACCCGGUCAAGAAUCAGGAUUUACGCUUAGAGUAUAUUCGAGUAAACCGUUAAAACUAAAAUUACUUGACACUGUUCCUUCACUAUUGAAAUCAGCAAUAAUGAAGGCACCGGUUAAUUUGGACGGUAAAACGUUUGUCCAGUAUGAAUCAGUGUUCCUACAGUUGGCCGACGAGCACAGAACAGUAAAUGCAUUCGAACUUCAAGAACUCCUUGACGCUUGUCUGCCAAAUGAUUAUAUAAAAAGUUGUGCUAGCAUGGAAGUCUGCCGGCAAGUAGUCAUAACCUUGGAUAGUACAGGCAGUGGACGAUUGAAGUUUAACGAUUUCAAGGAUCUGAUGUGUAGUCUUAAAUAUUGGCAAACCGUAUUUAAGAAUCAUUCAAAAGACAAGACUGGUAUUUUGAAAGCUGAACGAUUAAAAGACGCACUUCUGGAAGUAGGUUUUCAAAUUAACACAGAAGUGUUGUCUAUCCUUAUUUUGAGGUACAUGCGAAAGGAUGGUACCUUGAGAUUUGGUGACUUUGUAUCUGCCAUACUUCAUCUGAGCAUUGCUUUCAAUUUGUUUGAAUCGAAAGAUCCGCUUCUCAAUGGCAACAUUAAAUUAAAUCUUGCUGAAUGGCUUAAGUCUGCAUUUGUGUGCUGA